AUGUCCGAGUCAAAGAAGGCCCAGAUCCGCAGCAUGCUCAUCGGCAUUGAGCUCUACAACCCCAACAACAUCGAGGUUCUGCAGGAGUACCUGAAUGAGCAGUGUGCCGAGAACACCUACGACCUGGAGGCGAACCUGGCCAUUCUGCGUCUGUACCAGUUCAACACCAACAAAAUCGACAAGAAGGUGAUCAUCAACAUCCUGCUGAAGGCGCUCACCGCUCUGCCGCAGACCGAUUUCAUCCUCUGCAAGGGACUCAUCGACCCGAACUACUUCGAGGAGGAGGAUCUGGAGAAGAACCCCGAUCUGAAGCACGUUCUGGAGCUGCACAAGCUGCUGGAGAUCUGCGACUUUAAGCAGUUCUGGUCGGUGCUGCGCACUGACCCAGGCGUCUACCUGGGCAUUGCCGGCUUCGAUGACGCCAUCCGACAGUUCAUCUGCCACGUCGUGAAGAUCACCUACCAGACGAUUGACAAGACGACGCUGUGCGAGCUGCUCGGCGGACUGGACGACUCGCAGAUCACCUACUGGAUCAACUGCAACAAGUGGAAGCUGGAGGGCGACUUUGUGUACAUCUCCAACCAGGAGGAGCUGAUCAAGAGCAAGAACAUCAAGGAGAAGAUCGAGUUUGACAGUAUAGCUCGUGUGGUCACCGCAGUCGCUGCCUCCAAAUAA